AUGACUUCUCGUAUGUACAGUGCUUUCUUGAAAAAUGGAUUACUUAAGAAGUCGACGCCAGCAAUCAUCUCAGCCCGAAAUAACUACAAAUAUGUUGGUGAACAAUCACCACUUGACGGAUCAUUGAAAAGUGAGAUAAAUGCUGGUCUCCACACAAUUUUUUUCACCGAGAUGUUCAGAGGGCUUGGCAUUAUAAUUGGACAUUAUUUUAUGGAGCCAGCUACAAUAAACUAUCCAUUUGAAAAGGGACCAAUUAGCUCUCGUUAUCGGGGAGAACAUGCUCUGAGGCGGUAUCCAUCUGGAGAGGAAAGGUGUAUUGCUUGUAAACUGUGUGAGGCUAUUUGUCCAGCACAGGCAAUAACAAUUGAGGCAGAACCUCGACCUGAUGGAAGCCGACGCACGACUCGGUAUGACAUUGACCUUACUAAGUGUAUAUUCUGUGGACUUUGUCAAGAAGCUUGUCCUGUCGAUGCCAUCGUUGAGGGACCGAAUUUUGAAUAUUCGACGGAAACUCAUGAGGAAUUGCUGUAUAAUAAAGAGAAAUUGUUAACUAACGGCGAUAGGUGGGAACCCGUUCUGGCAGCCAAUUUACAGGCUGAAUAUCUAUAUCGAUAG